CCGGUGGGAGCAUUUGUCCAGCCGAUAUCGACUAGGCAACCACCAAGCAUCCCAAGUUCGCCAACCAAAGAGCCAAGACCCUCAACACCCGCUGAAGGCGCUACCGCUCGUGGCACGUCUGAUCGCGAUCUGCCACCGAUGUUUCAAUCGCUGCCAACCGUAUUUGUGGACUGUGAAUCCGACUCACUGACGGAGAUACAACAUGUGAAAAAGGCUCCUUUCAGUCGUCACCUCCCUGUGUACGCGUCAUGGAGUAAUUUCAGCCGUUUCCAACCAUGGACUGACAUUACCCCAUCAAUCUCUGACUCUCUGCGUUCGUUCCAACGACAUGAGCAGAGCUGUCUGCUCGCCGAUGAUCCGCCCCCUGCUAGUGCGCACGUUGAAGCACCCGCACACCAGGCAGGACGAAGGGGGCAACGCAAAUUUUUGGAGUGGAAGCCCGAUCAAAUCGACUCCAACAUGGUCCGGCAGAAUGCACAUGCAAUCAAAUCCGUUGCCAACCCACUUUCGAAACCAAGGGCAAUCGGAACCGCUGGCCGAAUAACUGCUUCGCGUGAAACUACUGCAAAAACCAAAAAAACGUCCGCUCGUGCGCAAACAAUCCCUAUGGAGAGUGCACCAGCACUGCAAGGUACAAGUACAAACAGCGAUGUGCUAACCAGACGCACGCGAAACGCCAGUGUGUCAGUUUCGUUGAGUAAAAAGCCUCGCUAUCGCCGCCCCUCUGUACCUGCUCGGACAUCGUUCCAAAACAUUUGUAAACCUGCCAUAUCUGCUAACCCAAAGACAGAGCGAAUUUCUUGUGUAAACCGUCAGCAGGUGACCUCACGAAAACCAUCCGGCUACGAGGUGAAAAAAUGUUACGUACAUGACCCUCCGCCCGAGGCAAAGUCCACACUCCUUGGGGCUGUGAACGGUCCCCUGCCUUCUUCCAGCAACUCCGUCGCACCAACAAAUUCAAAGAGUGUCGAACUUGCGCUACUGCAACAAUUAGGCCAAUGGCGAGCUGCUAGAUUUGGACUCCGAAGCCGUACCGAUCCACACAUCACAUCAACUACCAGCAGGUCGUCCGCAUUCAGCACAGCAAACGGUUGGAGUUCUAAGUUCCAGUCGACCGUGUCGGUAGCGGUUUCGGAGCAUGUGGACUUCUCUGCUAUUCAUCCUGGUCCUCCGCCCCCAGUUUUCGAACAAUCGUUCAUGGACGACGACCUCGGUUCUACUGUUCCUUGGUUCAACGAACACCAUGUUCCAGCCUCACUGGUUCAAAGACCAUCUACUCCCACCCCCGCCGAAACAGGUCGUCCGUCAACCAGUUCCGAGGAAUACAGUACCGCCCCCUAUCAGCUCGGAUCCAGUGGUCGUGAUGCUGUUCCACUGGGAUUAACGGACUACCAUGGUGUGGAAGUAGCUUCGGCAGCGUGUGCAGGAGAUGAGGUACCAGUUAAGCGCCGGAACGGCACCAAUGAAGUGCGCUUUGUGGUCCCCGACCCUCAUGAUGUCAUUCGAUCCGGCGGGACUGCCUCUCAAUCACACAACGAAACACAACCUCAUCCACUACAGUCAGCUAAUCGCACUAAUCCAACCGUGACCAGCCAUGCAAUCCGAGUGCCCAAUUUGGCUUCCCGCGCCCAACAACCAAAUGAUGCACUGUCAGCUCCAGUUCACACUUCUUCGGUCGACGUAGCCCGAGCUUCAGUGUAUAAGACAAACAGACGGAAGCAACGUGAUGAACAAGCUCGUCAGAACCGAAUUCGUAUGAAAGAAUUUGAUCAACUUCCGUCUCAAGCACAACAUCCGAAUCUGUGGCGUUCCAGAAAAUUAUGCCAGCUCCACUCAGACUCAGCCGAUCGAAGUGACUGCAACGUUUCCGAUUCCUUGUCUCCCUCUCAAUACUUCUCAAUACUCCUUCCAUCCAACAAGUUGGCUGCAACCUUCCGUAACACAGGGUCCUGCCGUUCGAGUUGCGCCGACGAGGCUACUAACACCAAUCAUGAUCCUAAAGGUUUCCUCUUCAGCCUCUGGUCUCGACAGCCGGAUCCUGGAGUACUCUUGCAACCGGAGUGCUCAGCUCACGAGCUUUCCGCGAGGAUCUCUGGUGAUUCUGAUCCAAUCCAGGGGUGUCUAAGCGAAUCUGUCUCAAUAGCGACAAGCUGGUCCGCAGGUACCCCACUGCUGAAUCAUCGCUGUUCUCCUGCGGCUGCAAAGUGGCCAGUGGUGCCUCGGCCAAUUCCCGUACCAGACGCACCAGCACCUCCACACUCAACUAGUCAGUUGCUCUUCCAACCGCAACUGGGGACCAAGUGCGGGCUGCACUCCUUCAACGAAAUGGUCAGACAGCAACCGCUGGCGCCAUCCAUCCAGUUUCGGCAA